AUGUCGGCUUCCUCCCCUUCUCCGAGUAGCAAUGGCCUCUCCGCCGCCGUCACGCCUCCCAAAACUCUCCGUGGCCUCAACAAACCCAAGUGUGCCCAUUUCAAUCUUGUAAAGGUUGUUGUUCAAGAGCAGAGAACCCUUGUCCGAUUCACGCUAACAGAGAUAGAGUUUUUUUACAAUCAUGGACUGUUAAAGAAUUUAGAUGUGGAGUUUAUUGUUCAUGACUUCGAUAAUGUUGUUCUUGUCGCUGCAGUUCUUAAAGUAGCUGCAACCUCUGCCGAGAAGACGCAGGCGCCAAGUACUCCAUCAUCAGAUCAGAAAGCAUCCGAGGGCACUCCCGGGAGUACAACUAGAGUUUCAUCAAUCCGCCAACUUUCUAGCAACUUUGCUCAGUUUAAUAACCUGAAUGCUGCUUCCCGCCAGAGAAAACCUUUGACGAUAAAGGAUGCUCAAGCGUUAAACGAGUGGCGGUUCACAAAGCUAAAAGAGUACAGAGACAGAAACAUUGAAGUGGAGAACGAAGCUUUUGAUCGGUACAUGAACAAUGUGCAUUUACUCGAGGAAGCCUUUUCAUUGACAUCUGUUCCUGAAGAGGAUCAUCCCGGAGAAGGAGCUUCUGAGCGAAGCAGCGAGGAAAGAACUGUUUCGGAGCUUAAACUGAGGCUGAGAUCAAACUCCGCAAGAACAGAGAGCUUCAAGAAGCGUAUCGCAGAGACUGUCAAAGCCGGUUUGGUAAAGGUUAAGAAAUCGGUUCGUGGUGGUAAAUCAGAUGAUCAAGAAGAAACCAAAAGACGGAACAAAAGAAGUAGAUGGGAAGAGAAAACUUCAGCUUUGAGUGAAAUAAUCGACAAACUGAACAAAGCAAGAACAGAAGAGGAUCUCAAAUCUUGCGUGGAAAUGAAAUCAAAGCUCUUUGGUCAAGUUUCUUCCAAUGCAGCAUCCGAGAAGAACAAGGGUUUGAUUGGUUCUGUCCAAAAAGUUGAGAUCAGCGAGGCAGUUAAAAAAAUGGGCGAGCAGCUCGUAUCUGUUGACAAAGUUGAAGCUUUGUGAAGUCAAAGAACAUACAAUAAGAACAUUCCUGUCGAUGAAUCGAAUGUUCUGGUGGCGAGAAAAAUCAGAUCAUUCAUCGUCAUAGGUAUUGUAUACUAUGAUCAAAGAUCCCUCGAAGCUGGUCCUGAAGAUUUUUGUGUAAAGUAGUGUUGAGCAAAAAUUAGAUUUUUUUAGAACUCAGGACUGGAGAAAGCUUGUUGAUUGUAUCUUGUUGGAUUUUCAUACUGUAUGAUUGCUUUGUUUGAUUUAAAAUGCUCAUUGGAUUACUAAUAGAAUCGGUUCCAAUUUUUUUAUGUUGAAAAUUCACAACUUAAGAUUACUUUGCAGUUUUUUCUGUUGA